UGCAUAAACACACACACAUACAUAUUUAUAGGCUCACUGGCAGCAACUCAUUUUGCUCAAGUCCCUCAAGAUGUUGCUCCUCUUCUUACUUUCACUCCUCAAUUUCAACCCAUCUCUGUGCUUAAAACUUUGUUCCUUCAAUGUGAGGUCUUUCGGAGAAACCAAAAUAGCCAGACCCGAAGUCGUCGACGCCGUGGUAAAGAUAAUUUCUCGCUGUGACAUCAUGUUGCUGAUGGAAAUAAAGGACAACAAGAACCGCGUUUGUCCUCUCCUGGUGGAGAAGCUCACCAGUCACCUGAAGGAGCCAGAGGAGGAAUACAGGUGCAUUGCCAGCCAGAGGCUGGGCAGGAACAGCUACAAGGAGCAGUACAUCUUCAUCUACAGGCAACAUCUGGUAUCGGUGAAACAAACCUACCAGUACCCUGACACCCAGCCUGGGGACGAGGAUGUCUUCUCCAGAGAGCCCUUUGUCAUCUGGUUCCAGUCUCCAAAAACCGCUGUCAAUGAGUUUGCUAUAAUCCCUCUGCACACCACACCAGACACUGCAGUGCGGGAGAUUGAUGAGCUCUACGAUGUGUAUUUAGAUGUCAAACAGCGCUGGGAAACCGAGAACUUCAUCUUCAUGGGAGACUUCAAUGCUGGAUGUAGCUACGUUCCCCUAAAGCACUGGAAGAACAUUCGGCUGAGGACUGACUCUGAAUUCAUCUGGCUGAUUGGUGACAAAAAUGACACGACAGUGAAGAGCAGCACAAACUGCCCAUAUGACAGGAUCGUAGUCAGCGGACAGAAGCUCAUCCACGCUGUCGUGCCACACUCUGCCAAUAUCUUUGAUUUCCAGAAGGACUUUCAGAUGACUGAGGAGCAGGCACUGGGGGUGAGCGACCAUUUCCCGAUAGAGUUUGACUCGAAGUCCUCCAAUGAACCAGAUUUUAAUGACGAUUAUUUAACGUAG